UUAUUUUGAAGGUGCAGACCGGACGGGCAGCUCUUCUUCGUCUUUGUUCCAGAAUCAGGUACACGGUCCAGAACGACCUGGAGGACCUGGACCGUGUUUUUAACGGGCUGACGGUACCGAACCCGGUACCUGUGGUCAGCUUACCCUGACCUCAUUAUCCACACAGAGAGGACACACACCCUGCUGUGUUUAAAACACACAGACAACAAGUUUGAGAAGUUGACGUGUCCGUCGACUUCAUGAUGCUAACAAUGAGAGCUAACUUAGCUCUGACACAAACAGGCUAACGUCACAGCAGAUUAACCACAGGAGAGACUCUGACAGGGUUCCGAUCAGUGAAGAGGGGUGAACCAUUUCACCAGAUUAACCACAGGAGAGACUCUGACAGGGUUCAGAUCAGUGAAGAGGGGUGAACCAUUCCACCAGCUCACCGUGAAGUGAACAUGUACAGGUUAGCUGGAGUAGACAGCAGCGCAGCUUCAUCACACACAGGUUAGGUUUGAGGAGUGGAGCAGCUUCUUCCUAAAAACUGAAAAACAAGUUUCAGCCAAACGCCUGAAGUCUGUUUGACUUAACCUGCAGACGGUCCGAAAGUGUGUCAGGUGGAACCACGACAUGUAGACAGAAGCUUCUUAAUGCUGCCAGUUUGUUACAGUCAACCACUGUUUUGACAUUCACCUCUUCAGACACACCCAAAGGUGUUCCUAUGGCACAUAACUCUGCCCAGGCCUUGUGAGCAAGAACAACCACUUAUCAGCUGAGUUGGCAGUGCGUGCAUGCUUUCACAGUGAGCUCACAUAGCUGCUGGGCCAACUCAAGCAAGAGGAGCUUAAAUCAAACAGCAGACUCAUUUUGAUUCACCUCCAGGCGGCUCAGUGAGGGAGGAUGACAGCUGUGGUGGGCUGGGCGUGGGGGUGGGUUCGCUCCUGGGGCGGCAGCAGCAGUAAAGCUGUGUCUGAGAAUACUCCCACGGUAACAGCUGAGGAGCAGAAGCAGUUCAGCCGGGGGAGCAGGGGGUGGAUGUCUUGGAUUUGGGGAGGAUGGAGACAACAGAGUGAUCACGGCACUCCAGUGGAGGAGUUCUGGGAGGCUCAGGAGAAGCUGCAGCCCAUGGAGGUCGAGGUUCUCGGUGCAGCGAAGCAGGGGAAGGAUUCAAAAGCACAGCAGGUUUCAAGAUGGUGGAGUAAAUAUGUCCCAACCUCUUACCUUCCCUGGCCAAGAAUAAUGGAACCCAGCGGUGGAAGGCGGAAGAAGCGCGAUGCUCGGAGUGGAGAUGAUGUUGAUGGAGACUUUUCAGACUAUGGGACACCUCCUCCGUCUCCUACACCUUCUGCUCACAUAACAUCUCCUUUCCGACUCUUUGUGAAUGGCUUGAAGCUGGAAAUCCUCCCAGAGCACCACGACAUCUGCUUCAACUUCCUGCGCCACCUGUUUGACCUGUUCGUGGUCGGAUUCCUGUGGACCGUGUCCCCCCCGACCAAGCUGAUCCUGGAGGUGCUGGGAGUCCAGGGAGCUCUGAGGCUGUGGCUUCACGGCAUGGCAAUGUUCUUUGUCUCCACUGUGGGGAUGGCAGGAUUACUCUGGCUGGUUCAGGAGUACCUCCCUCAGUUUGCCCUGAUCUACGGGAUCAUCCAGGCCCUGGUGAUCUCUGUGAGUGUGAAGCAGAGUGUCCUCCUCGACACAGAGGAGGAGGAAGAAGAAAAGGAAGAGGGAGAGAAGGAGGCUGAUGAGAUGAAAGACAGUGAACACAAAGAGAAGCUGGUGUCUGCGAAGGACAAGGUGAAGACGAGUUAGACUUCAGAUGCCGAGGCUCUGCUGUCUGUCCAGGGGGUCACACCUGUAUGAGAGCUGCAGGUGUGUGACAUCACACACCAGAGACGGUGUCCUGCAGCUGGACUCUCCUGUUUUAUUGCACACUUCUUACAGACUGGUUGACGUUGUACUUGUGUCACUUUAUGUUCAACACUAUUGAUCUGCAGUUUAUAUCCGUGUUGUCACCUGAAUGUGGACUUUAGAGAGUUUAUUUCAGAUGCAAUCAGGCGAGGGGUUCUGAAUGUUCGACAAGGACAAUGUUAUGCAGUAUUUAAGGAUUUGAUCUGUUUUGUUUAGUAUUUCUUGUUCUGUUGGACUUUUUCUCUCUGAGUCAGUCAGUCAGUCACCUGUUGCCUUUGGUUCAGUCUGAGGGAGAGGAAAUAACAAAAUUCAACUCCAAACAAUGAGAUAAACAGCUAAAAUGAUAAUAUGUAGAAUCACCAACAGAGGAGUAAAAUAUUGAAAAUGUAUACCCCUGCUUUAUCAAAAUAAACCCCCUGUGCAUUAAAUGUUAGGUUAAAGGGUAUUAAAAGAAGUGUAGUGUGAGCGCCUUCUACAGAGGUAUAGUUUCUGCAUAGUACCCUGUUUAAACACUACAGUAAGCGGGGAACUGUUCCCACACAGACUUAUGUAUUUAAGAGUUACCCCUGAUGUUUGUUCUGUUUGAAGUUAUUUAAUCCUAAAGUGAAUUUAGAAGCAGGAGCUCCUGCAGCUUUAGUCAGACUGUGCGGACUGUUUGAAGAUUAAGUCUGAGCGCUCUCUCUCUUUUAAAUAGUCACCUGUAUCGAAGAUGAAUCCAUGCACACUUCCUCUACUCCAAACUAUGUCAGACAGAGCAGGACCAUUGCAUGUUUACUGCCUGUAAAUUGGCCUGGUGUAGGUAUUGGCCAUGCGGAAAAGAGAUAAGGUGAAAGGACAAACUAUUGAAAUCUAGUUAAUUAAUGCAAGGCGGUAAAAACUGUACAAUCACUCUGAAAUCAUUGUAUACAGGAAGUUGUAAUGUUGUCUUUAAAAGGGGUUCUGAAAAGCAUGUUACAAACAUCUGGUCAAACACACCUUUGCGUUCAUAUAACACUAAAAUGACUCCUUUUGUUUAACAGUUUGCAAUGUUUGCAAAGAUUGUUUUCUCCCUGCACCAGCUGCACAUGAUCCAUGUUUCGCAGCAACAGAAUGUAAAGCAGCCUUAGCACACUCCACUUUGUUUGCAAUUUGCAUCUUUAAAGCUUAGUUUAGGAGGAUGAGAUUCCCCACAAUCCCCACUAAUACUUAAUGCAGCCGAAAUAAAACAGAUAACGCAAAAAGGGGAAGUAGACAGCAGGGUUAAUAAAGCUGCAGCUGCCCACGUGAGUAACAUAAGGAGAGACGUGCUGCACAUACAACAAUGCAGACUUAAUAAAAAAUGCUAGAGUCCAGAACAAAUGCAACCACUGACAUGCCCUGCAGAAAUUGAAACCACUGCAUCCACAGCAAAUGUGCUGCAAAUACAUAAAUUAUGCAAAAUCAAAAACAUAAAUCCAGAAAACAGCAGAAGAAAAACACUGCACAAACAUCAAUCAUCACAACAGAAAUGCCCCCGGCCUGCAGGAGGCACUCAGUGGAACAGUUUAUCAUUGACAGAGGAGAGUACAGCACUUUCUGUCAUGUGCAUUCUGACUUUUAACAUGUUUGGCUUUAUGUAAAUUGGCUACUGUAGAACUGGGAGUUGUCCUCAAACCCCUGUAUUUAAGUCGUUAUCAACUUAGUACAGAGGGUGAGGGUCAGACAUGUGACCUCACACAGCAGCAGAAACAAAAUGAAAGGACCUCGUUGGGCUGUCAGGAUUGAACCUAAAGUAAAAAGUAAUCAUUUUGUUGAUCCAGCCAGUUGGGAAUGAAACCGUUAUUCUCAGACUAUUUCAUCACUUAAUUCUGUAUAAUCACUCACUCAGCCUACAAGCUAAAACAUUACUUCAUCCCAAAGUCACCAAAAGUAAAUAUCAGACCCUGUAUAUUCAAGGUACAUCCCUUUAGAAUAAUCUUACACUCAGCUUGCAUUUCUCAGACAAAUCAGGAGAAAAUGAACCAGUCUGAGUUUUUUGUGCUACACAAUUUGGUCUCCUAUCUUUUCUCCUAUUUUUUGUUAUUAAAGAGAAAAGAUAGGCCAAACCCACUAAGUAGGCCAGGAGGGAAUAUGUGAUACCACAGGUUUAUAAUCUGUUUCUGUUGAUGAAGAGAACGUUUGUUGCAAACUGAAAACAACACAUGUUUGAGAAAUCCUAGAUUUCUUUUUUUUCAGGCUGCAUUUUGAAAAAGUGUUGCGACAUACAUGUUUUUAUAGCAUACUAAAUCCUACUGAGUUCUAAGUUUGGGACUGAAUGUGUGGAUUCUAAUUUGAAUAUCAUCCUGUUCACAGUUUGAUAUUCAGUGAUCACCCUCACCAACAUGUUACAGGAGGAGUUCAGGAUCACUUUGUUGAACAGACUGAUGUGAUCGUGCCUUUAAAGGAUCAAAAGUCAAAUUUAUUCAAAUCAGGACACGUGAGAGGAGGGGCAAGCUGCCACUGCUGACCUGUUGGUUUGCACACCUGUCAAUCAAAUGGACAAUCACACUUUAAAAUGUACCACAAGAAGCCAUUAGAGAUCCUGAAUGCAGCAUGGACUUCAGAGAGGUUCUUUAAGUCAGGUGAGACUAGUUAAAUGUUGAGUAAAUGGAUUUCAGUUGAUUUGAUAGAGUAUCUAUCAGACUCCGAGAAACGGACUCAAGCCUCUGAGGUUAUUCUCAUGAUAUGUUAAUGAAAUGUUCAUGACUCUGUUUUGUAUUUUAAUAUUUCCACACUGAACUGAAACACAGACUGUGACCUGUGGAGAGACUUUUUAUUCUCCAUACAUGAAUAACACGAUCGAUCAUUGAAGCUUGUUGUGUUUAGAGAUCGUAACACCAGCAGCAUAUCUUCAUGUUUCUGUGCCAUCGUGUUGCUUGUUUGAAACUUUAUAGGGAAUAUAAACCACACUAUGAUGUGUUUGUAUGGGUUUUUACUUCCUUGUUAUGCUUCAGAGUUAAAGGCACAAAAUAAAACACCAAACAUGAAA